AAGAAUAAAGCGGGUCCAUGAUAGAAAUACAGAAGCCAGCCAAGGUCUAAACGGCAAAUUCCUCUUCCUCUUCCUCUUCCUCUUCCCGAUAAAUUAGGGUUUUCCACCCUAAACACUGCUCUUCAGUAUCCACGCACCGGCGACCUGCAUCUGCUCCUUCUCGUUCUUCGUCUCCUUGAAAUAAUUUUAUGCUUGGAUGGCGGUCAGUAUUGAGGAAAGUUUUGUUUUUGGCAUCGGACUUGGUUUAGAGGCAGAGUUUAUAUCCUGUAUUCUCAAAAUUGAUACAUUGUGAUGCCACAUAUUGAUAGGGAGUUACAUAUUCUGAGGACAUCUAAUUUUCUGAGUUUGCCAAUCACCAGCUAAAGCUCACAGAACUACCAUUUGUGAGUUUACAGAAAAUAGCUAAGACGGGGUCACUCUGUUGCGUGGCUGCAAGGCCACAUGGAUCAAAUGCUACCAGUGGGGACUGGUCAAUGGCUCCUCAUGAGCCUUACUGGCGAACAAAUACAAGCUUUUCACCACCCCCACCAAGAUGGGAUUUCCGUUUCCAAUCUGAAGGGCUGUCGUAUGGUUCACAUGAUGGUAUUCAAUUGUAUGGAUCAUCUACUUCUUCAAACAGCAAAGAAAGUGGAAGCUGGCUGAGGGGGAACGUUCUUUAUAAUCAUCAAUACUCUGCUUCUGAUGGUACUGGACUAUUUUUAAGUAGCCCAUCUGAACUAUCUCAUGGUCCACAGUGGACACCUCCAGCAAUACAAGAAAUCAGCCUUGAUGAUUAUGAUACUAGAACGAGGAGAGAUCAAGGUUUUGAGCAGUUACGCCUUACAUCUACCAUUGAGCAGGGAACCUUGGGAAAUGCAGAUAUUGCUGAGGUCUCUACUUCAUCUCAUUCAGACAGUAGUGAAUCUGAGACCACAGUCAAGUCACGCAUGUCCUCUCAUCACAACUACUCAAGUCGCCGUUACUUUUUGCCCAAGCCCAUUCAUCCGUUGUCCUUUCCCACUGAAGUUCAUGGUGGAGAAGCUUAUGACCUCACGGUUGCUAGGCCUUCAGAUGUUGAUGUUGCCACACCACAGAGAGAGGCCCACCGAUGGAGCAGUGCAAGCAGCAGCACUGAUUAUGUAGAUGUCUCUGAGCCCUUUGAUUUUGAGAAUGUUGGUCAAUCUUGUAUUCUAUCAGAUGGUUUUAGAUGUGGACUAUGUGAGAGGUUUCUCUCACAAAGAUCACCUUGGAGUUCUCGUCGUAUUGUAAGAAGUGGUGAUAUGCCAGUUGCUGGGGUUCUUUCAUGUCGUCAUGUUUUUCAUGCAGAGUGUUUGGAACAGACAACACCAAAGACUCGUAAGAAUGACCCUCCAUGUCCUAUAUGUGUCAGAUUAGAAGGGGAAAGUUCCCCAGAGCAGCGAGUCUUUUCCAAGCUUAGGAAUGGUUUUCCAAGGCUUAGACCAUUUUCUGAGGAUGGCCCAUCAAGACCAUGGAGCUGUACCCAAGUGGGAGACUGUCUUGAAGGGGCUUUGCAUGCUUCCCCAGGCAAUGCUAUGUUAUUGUUCAACCGAAAUCGCAUCAAGAAGAACCUCUCUAUGAAAGGUAAUUCAAGCAAAGAAUUUCCAGGUAAGUUAAGGAAGAGUUCUUCAUAUUCUUUGCAGUUUUUGAGUGGUAAGUCAGUUGAUCAGGGUGCAGUUGGAUGCUCCAAGACAAUAGCUGGUCCAAGUAUGAACAGGUAAUGCUGCAAAUUCUGUAAUGAUAUGGUAUGUGCGAAUUUUCUGUAAUGUCACUUUUACUUCCAGUGAAGUCACGGUUGAUGCAAGUAUGUUAAGCUGAUUUCAAGUAGAUGGGCAUUGGAAAUUAAGAUGAUGUAUAGAUAUUAUUCUCCUAGACUGGGUGAAAUCCAAAAAGCGGCUUUUUUCAGUCAUUUUACCAAGUUUGUUUAUUUGUGUUUUCCUUAAACACAGGUUAGCAGCUUAGCUAUUGUAGAUUAUGGGUGCAUUUGGUAUAGUGGUU